UAAGAGAAGGAUCAAGAGAGAACACGGAAGCCCUGCUCUCCUCCUCCAACGCGCGGCUGCUUUUCUUUCUCCUCGUUCUUGUCCUCCCUCGUUCUAUUUACUCGACUGUGUGGAUCGUUCAUGGGCAAGGUGAAGGCCACGGGGCCGUUGUCACGGCGACCGGAUAACUCUGCGUUCAAGCAGCAGCGGCUGCCGGCCUGGUCUCCGGCACUCAGCGCACACACACUGCUGCCGCUCUUCUACGGCCUGGCCGUCCUGUGCUUCCUGCUGGGCACCUGGCUCCUCGUCACCGUCCAGAACACGCACGAGAUCAAGGUGGAUUAUACCAGUAAGGGCACGUGUGAAAAGUGCUACGAGUUACGGAAGCACCGUGGAAAUGCCACAGUACGAUGUACCUGUCAGGUGGAGUUUGAGAUCCCGGAGAACAUUACGGGGGACGUGUUCCUCUACUACGGCCUGGUCAAUUUCCACCAGAACCUCCGCCUCUACAUGGACUCCAGAGAUGACGCUCAGAUGGUGGGCAGGAAGAACAAACUGAAGUCCCCCAGUUCAUACUGUAAGCCGUUUGAUAUGGUGGGUGGUGUUCCCAUUGCCCCUUGUGGAGCCAUUGCCAACAGCAAGUUUAACGACUCGUUUACUCUGCGCUACCAGGGGACGGAUGUCCCUCUGUUCAGGAAGGGUAUCAGCUGGUACACCGACGAGAACGUCAAGUUCCGCAACCCCCCCACGAACGACACGUUCAACCUCAAACAGGCCUUCGAGGGUACCGCUCCACCUGUUUACUGGCAGAAGCCAGUGUAUGAGCUGGACCCGCUGGACCCCAACAACAACGGCUUCAUAAACGAGGACCUGAUCGUGUGGAUGCGCGAGGCCGCCUUCCCCAACUUCAAGAAGCUCUACGGGGUCCUCAACCGCUCACGACCACCGUUCCUACAGGGCCUUCCCGCCGGGAUAUACACCGUGGACAUAGACUACAACUUCCCGGUGGAGCACUUCCGGGGCAGGAAGCAGGUGGUGCUGUCGACGGUCACCUGGUUCGGGGGGAAGAAUCACUUCCUGCCCAUCGCCUACCUGGUGACCGGAGCCCUGGUCCUCAUCACCGCCGCGGCCCUCACGGCCGUCUACUGGAAAGUGGGCAAGGAUGGACAGAACAUGAAGGAACUGUGAGAGAGGGGGGGGGGAGGGAGAGAGGAGUGGAUGGACAGAACAUGAAGGAACUGUGAGAGAGGGGGAGAGGAGUGGAUGGACAGAACAUGAAGAAACUGUGGAGGGGGGGAACAGAGAGAGAGAACAGAGAGAAUAGAGAGGAUGGAGCGAAAGGGUGGAAAGAACAUCAGAGAGAGAGAAAGAGAGAGGUGGAAAGAGAGAGAGAAAGAGAAUGAUAGGAGGAGGGUUGGAAAAAGAUGGAUAGAUAAGUAGAGGUAAGAAGAGAGAGAAAGAGAGGGGUGGGAGGAGGAGUGCACAACAGGGGGGUUAGGGAGGUGGGCUGUGGUGACAGACCCAGCUGCAGAAGAGAUUGACCAAUGGGAGGAUGACAGGGGCAUUCAACUGUAUUUUAUUGAGAAUCUAAUUGGGAGAUUAAAAUGUUGAAGUUUGAUGUGUGAUGUUUACAUACAAAUGUUUUCUACUGUACUGUCUGUGAAUGAUGGAAUUUUGAGAUUUUGUGAGAUUUGUAAAAUAUUCACUGAAUGUAGAAUAUGUAUCCUAAAAAUAAAUGAUGUGGACACUAUGUUAGGGCAGAUACAAAUGUAUUUUAAUUAUGGAUAUGAUUUAAUAAAGAGUUAGCUUGUUAAAAAACAA